UAAGCUGCUCGUCGUCGUCUGGGCUCGGUAAGUCGUUCCUUCGCACCAACUAAUCUUUCAAAAUGGCCCAACGCGUAACGCUCCGCAAGCGCACUCCAUACAACACAACCUCCAAUCGCCGGCGGGUUGUCAAGACCCCUGGCGGCAAGCUGGUUUACCACCACCUGAAGAAGCCGGGUACAUCACCCAAGUGCGGAGACUGCGGCAUGAGCCUUGCUGGUGUUGUUGCUCUCCGCCCGAGGGAAUACGCCACCAUCUCCAAACGUCAGAAGAGUGUGACUCGUGCAUACGGGGGCAGCAGGUGCGGUGACUGCGUUAAGAGCCGCAUUGUGCGCGCAUUCCUUAUCGAGGAGGCAAAAAUCGUCAAGCGGGUGAUUAAGUCCCAGGCUAAGCCCGCCAAGAAAUAGAUGGUGUUCCUGGUGUUUUUCUUUGGCUGCGUGGAUGAUGAGGGUUGGGCCGAGGGAGUGGGCAACAGACGAGGUCACAGACGCCUAGCGCAUGCCCAGCGCAUCACACCUGUAUGCAACAUCAUGUGAAAUGACAUGCUAUGCCUGCGGAA